CUCGAGUGUUGGAUCAGCCAUCUGGAGAAAGAGAAUACUGUACUUCUCCUAAGAUUCUAAGUGCAUCAGUUUAAGUUAGCUUCCUGUUUGAUCUUGAAGAGUUGAGUUUGCGAGAAAGUAUAUUGAAGCUGAUGUGAAUUGACUCUCACUGUCUCACACGUGAUAAGUUCCGUAGAAGAAGCUGGUAGAUUUUCUAUUUGACUGACCAUGGGUGAAAAUGGGGAGAAUCAUUCAGUCUCUCAAGAGAGUAAAAAUCAUUCAGGUGUUCCGAAGAGUGAUCUUUGGACUGAUGGGAUUAUUUGUGCCUUUGAGUUUAUUCGAGGCCCAAAAAAACAUGUUGAUUCAAAGCAACUUUAUAAAGGUUACUUGAAGCAAGAAGAUGGACCGAUCAGACAUAGUUUCCCUGGUCAUAACCCGUUUAUUGAUUCGCCUGCAGUCGAUUAUUUAAGGUCAAGGUCUGUAUCUUCUUUGGAUUUUAAAGAGGCUCAUGUCCUUCCAUCAGGACAUGUUGAGAGAUCUGAGGGAAGUCAUUGGGUACCUAUUGGUUGGACUAGAAUAACUAAACUAGUUCAACAGGUUCAAGUAAACGCGGAGUGGCCUAAUCUAAAGUUGAUUGAUGAUGAAGAAGAUGUUCCUGUUACAGAUUUAGCAGCUCCGUAUUGGGAACGACCAGGUGGCCCUACAUGGUGGUGUCACUUGACUGCUGGAAACUCUUUUGUUGAGGGAUGGCUCAGAAGUGCUACGUGGUUGCAUCCUGCAAUUAGUCUUGCAUUGAGGGAUGAAAGUAAGCUAAUAAGUGAACGGAUGAGACAUCUUCUAUAUGAGGUUCCGGUGAGGGUUGAUGGGGGUUUAUUGUUUGAACUCUUAGGACAAUCAAUGGGUGAUCCAGUAAUCGGUGAGGAUGAUGUACCCGUUGUUUUCCGCUCUUGGCAAGCAAAAAACUUUUUGGUAUCUGUGAUGCACAUAAAAGGAAAUGUAUCAAAGAGCAAUGUUCUCGGUAUCACUGAAGUAGAGGAGUUGCUUUAUGCAGGGAGCUAUAAUGUACCAAGAACAAUUCAUGAAGUCAUAGCACACUUGGCUUGCCGUCUUUCUCGAUGGGAUGAUAGAUUAUUUCGUAAAUCCAUAUUUGGUGCUGCCGAUGAAAUCGAAUUGAAGUUUAUGAACAGGAGAAACCAUGAGGAUUUGAAUCUUUUUAGUAUCAUUCUCAACCAAGAGAUCAGAAAAUUAGCAAGACAGACCAUCCGAGUGAAGUGGUCACUACACGCGAGAGAGGAGAUUAUCUUGGAGCUUCUUCAGCAUUUGAGGGGAAACAUACCCCGACAUUUGUUAGAGGGUUUGAGGAAUAACACAAGGGAAAUGUUGGAGGAACAAGAAGCGGUGCGUGGACGUCUCUUCACAAUUCAGGACAACAUUCAAAGCAAUAUCCGCUCUUGGUUACAGGAUCAAAGCCUUAAUGGUAGCCAUAACUUGGCUAUCUUUGGAGGAUGUGGCCUUGUGCUAACCAUAAUCUUAGGACUGUUCAGUGUCAACCUGGAUGGUGUUCCGGGUGUGAAGCACACGCCGUAUGCAUUUGUCUUGUUCAGUGUAUUCUUGGUUCUCAUUGGAAUUGUUCUGAUUGCGUUUGGUCUGAGAUACCUAGGGCCAAAGAAGCCCAUCACAGAAGAACAUGUAGAAGCUAGAAAGCUGGAGCUACAAAACGUGGUUAAGAUAUUUCAACACGAAGCAGAGACUCAUGCCCAACUCCGGAGAAACAACCUCUCUCCUACUGCUGGAGAUGUGUUUGAUGCUGAUUAUUUUCUCAUCCAGUAAACGAAUUAAACGCAGAAUCAAUUUUUUUUGUUUGUAUUCAUAUUACUAAUCUUAGAUUCGUGUUAGCCAUCUUGUUGCAAAAGACACAGAAAGUAGUCUGAAUCAUUGAGAGAACAAAGCUCUUAAGACGAGGUCUCUGUUCCAGCAUCUUUUUCGUCACGAUUUGACCGAGUAUUCGUGUAUUCCAUAUGAUGCGAGCCAUAGACAAGCAGAGGCUGCACUUGCUUUUCGGUUUGCUCUAUAAAGUUUGCAAGCAAACAAAAGGCUGGUCAUGGUUGCUGAAUAUCACAAACUAAUGUUGUGUGCUUUCUGACAAUGUUCCAUGAUUCUAGAAUGAAACGUAAUCGCAUAAGCCAAGUAGAAGCCAUGUUUGUCAUCAUAUAGGACUUCUUAACUUAGAUGACAAACAAGGACUACUACUUGACUUAUGCGAUUAUUUCAAUUGUACGUUUCAUUUCUGUAAGUAUUAGUAUAAUGGUUUACCGUGUUAUCCGAUGAUCUUAUCUUGGUAUCUAUUAUUCUUAAGGC